UUGGGAAUUGAAGUAAUCGCGGAACUAGUACUUCCUGAUUUGAAAGUGACAACAAUACAAGAAGUUUCAAGGGGGUUCGAAAACGUUGUAGGGGUCACACAGGACUGCACAGGAGAUCGAGAAAUUAUACACAAGUCAACCCUUCAUGUUAUUUCUAAUCCUUCUCAGAUGUCUCUGAUGGAGCGAGGGGGUGUACCCAUCAGUCCAGUGACUGGAUUAGCAUGGACCUCCAAUAGCGGUACCUGUCCAAAAGACUUCAGUCUGAUAACCAUCACUGAGGAUGGGGCCGCUGCCAACUUCACACGCAGCUUUGCAAUGAGGGCCGGCUACUAUCUUUGUUAUAGCAAGGAACAGUCUGGGGGGGUGGUGCUGGCUGAUGUCAGAAUCCUCUCAGAAAAGGAUGCUAUUCCUCAUGGGUAUCGCUUCAUCGCAGAACACCUAGAGCCUAGGGCGUCGGUGUCGAAGAGGAAGCGUAUGUGUGUGCGUGUGGUUCCGAUGGGGAGCGUGGACACUGCGGUGCUGGAUCUCAAAGUGACUGCCAGGAGCAAAAUGAUGUUGCAGCACUACACAUGUGUGGGAGACAUCCAUGGGUAUGUGAUUUGGUGUAAAACGGGCCCGUUUACCAACCCGAUACCGCAAGCCAAGCCUCGGAGUGUCAGCCUGGACCUCCGCAGACUCUCUCUGGAUCCGUCUGUCCAGCCCAGCCUUCCACCCAGUAACCCACCUACCCAGCCCUCUAUGAAGCUCAGCAUGAGGCGCAAAGACGUCACGCAGAAUCAUGUGGAUGUCACCACAGCCAUCGAUGGAGUUCCCUUCACUCUUCACCCAAAAUAUGACUUCCAAACUUCCAAGAAUCUACAGCUGAACCCACAAUUGGAUGACAUUCGUAUAAAAUCACUCCAAGACAUUGAAAAUGAGUAUAACUACACUUUUGCUGUCGAGGAACACGCAGCAAAAAGGACAAGGCCUUCAGCUUUGACUAAGGUUGCCUCAUAGUGUCAACACCCUUCACACUUAGACCUCCCAUGCCAUAAGACCCUUGGACAUCUGAUGUGUUCCUGAAAAGUUGUCAGUAUGAUUCCUCACGUCAUCGUUAAGUAAAACGUUUGUAAUAUUUGAAAUUGGUUAAAUAUGCAAUACAACUGAAUCUGAUUCAUAUCUGUCUGAGAAACUUUUAUCAUACAAGGGUUUAUGUUAUGUCUUGGGUAAAGGUGAUGGUUAAUAUAAUCCCAUGACAUAGUUUUGAUUUGCCGAAGGAAGUGAGAAACUGUUGAGGGGGUUGGUGGGGCUGUUACAUUUUUUCCUUUCACUUCCUUUCAUCACACUAUUUACAUAUCUAAAUGUAUAUUUUUGUUAUUAUUAUAUAGAUCUAUCGUACAUAUAUAUAUAUAUAUAUAUAUAUAUAUAUAUAUAUAUAUAUAUAUGACGUUGUACACUACAGAAUGUGGAAAGCAAACAAGAUGAUUGUAGAUGUAUAUCUCACGCAGUUCCAAUCAACCAAGUCUAUCUUUUAUUACAUAUUAAUUACACAUUCAUCAUUGUGGCCCAUUAAAGAUUUCAUGGGACUGGGCAAACAUUGUUUGAUGUGUGGCAUGUGGUACGUGUAUAUUUAUGACUGAAGCUCAUUUGUAUAUCAGUGGGUGGUGGGUAGACUUUGGAUGUCGAUUAUGUACAUUCAUACACAAUUGUUGGGAGAACAAAUUUACUGCAUUUAAGGGCCAUGGUUCUUUACAUCUAAUAUACAUAACAUAAUGUUUAUUGGAUUGAUGUAUCUAUUGUAUGUUGUGCUUUAUUUGUCACAAUUGUCUCUUUUGACUUUAUUUGUCACGACGAUGUCGGUUACAGAGAGAAUACUUCUUCAGUUGUCAUCUUUGGGACAUUAUGGGGAAAUACUUUAUAAUUUGUGGAAUAUAUUUAUGAUAUGUUUAAUAGAACAAUAAAGGCUUGGGAACAAUUUAAAAUAAA